AUGUUGAGAAAUGGAAUUCGAUACAUAUCCAGCAGUAUCGUAUCACUGAAAGGAUCACGAAGCUAUGUCAAUCGAAAAACAGGACGUGGAUGUGGUAAUUCCGUUCUUCCUAGGUUUGAGUGGAGAUAUGAUAAGGCAAUCGGAAAGAGUUUCCAAAAGUCAAUGGGAACUCGUUAUGGAAUAGAUAUGGGUCUAGAAGAUCGUCUACUACUUGUAUCACUCGGAACGAAGCAGAGACGUCUUGAUGAAAAAAAAGUUAUCCAAUUGAGUCGCAUUUUGGAAGAACGAGUUGGAGAAGUUAUUGCAACAGAUGAAACACUCGGUCAGCUUCAAUUACAAAUAACUCGAGUUCGAGUUGAUCGAGGUUUCACUCAAGUUUCGGUUUAUUGGAUGUGUCGAGGGGAAGGAGAUCUCGAAGUAAUCGAUAUAUUGGACAAAACUAAAAAUCAAAUUAAACGACGAAUCAGUGAAUCAAUCGGAAUAACAUGCCCUGAAAUGAAGUUUAUUGGAGAUAAGAGUUUGUUAAUGGAACAAGAAAUGGACAAAUUAUUCCGAGAAGCUGAUUAUGGAAUUGACUAUCGAUCAUUGAGCAGAAGUGCGAGUGUUUUGGGAAAUGUGAAAUCCGAAGAUGAACAAGUUGGGAGAAAAAGAAAUGUGCCGAAGUGGUUGACAGACAUUAGGGAGAAGAAAUAA